GAUACCGACCCUCUGCGAGAAAGGUGUUAUUGUAACUAACGAAGGCGGGAAAAGACCCAAAUCCUAACAAGUAACAACAGAUAUUCCGAGUAAUGCAGGAUGAUCAAUCUUCGUUUGAAUGGGAUGAAAAAUCACAACUUUACUUCCAUUCCAGUAGUGGAUUUUAUCACGAUCCGAAUGCGGGAUGGUAUUACAGUAGUAAAGACGGACUCUAUUACAAAUUCCAAAAUGGAAAUUAUGUAUUGUGGGAAUCUGAACAGGAUGAAGGAAAUGAAUCACAACAAGAUAGACCGAUGGAUUCUGAUGCAUUGAGUAAAGAUGAGACAGGUAGCUAUUUGGAAGAUGCUAAUAAUGCCACCGCUGAAAAUCCAUGUAACUACUUAAAGAAUGCUAACAAUGACGAUCCUGAAAAUCUGCGUCCGCCUUCGGAAUGGUUAGAGGAGACACUUGUUAAUCUCUACUUGGCUGGUUAUGCCCAAUCAGACACUAAUGUCGUGGACGGUAGGGAAAUAGCCACCGAAACAUAUGCUAGUGAGUCGUCAAUUCAUCAAGGUGAUGCAAUUGAUGAUGCUGAUGAAAUAGAGGAAGGUGAGAUUAUAUCUGACGGCGAGGAUCUUCAAGAUGCUGCUGAGUCAAGUGGAAGAGUCUUUGACGAAGGUGCUGCAUGGGAAGAAGAGAACUGGCGAGCUCAGUAUGGCCAAGUCACACAAUCAGAAGAAGAGGUUAAACCAUCAAUUAGUUCAGUGGAUUUGUGGGACUGGACCAUGGUAACAGAGAUCAUAAAGAAGAAAAAACAUGGUCGGAAAAAGAACUACCGCAUGGCCAGACUGGUCGGGAAGCUGGUGAAACCAUCUACGAAGCUUCAUCCUUCCAUGCCUGUUGGGGGUUCUCUUAUCAAAACUGCUGCAGUUCGUGAAGUUUAUCUUGAUCUUGUACGGGUUUCAUCAGGACAAGUUUAUCAAUUAAGAACUCCUAGCAUGAAAUAUCUGACCUCGUUAUCAACUUUUGAUUCUUCCGAUCCAACCAAGGAUUGGGGAUUUCCAAAGUUACAAGCUGAUGGACAAAAUAUUCGCUCUCCUAAUUUGAAAGAAAGCAUUGUGCGUGAAACGGCAAACGAGAUCCCUAUUUCUGAACACUCGUCUGCAUUGCUGGAUCAAGCAAAAGUAUCAGAAAAGCUUGAAGGCCAUUUAUAUCGGGAUAGAGCUGCGGAAAGAAGAGCUUUACACGGUGGUUUCAGAGUGGGUCCUGGUCAAAAGAAUGUAGAGAUUGAAGAUGACGUAGAAAUAUUAUCACGACCUGAUUCAUUUGGCACAGAAGAAGCUGCAGCCGAGGCCUUAAACAUGUCUUUUGGAAGUGGUAGUUAUGCCAGACGUCUUCUAGAAAACAUGGGCUGGAAGGAGGGUGAGACUCUUGGAAACACUAUGAAGGGUUUGACUGAACCACUGCAAGCUGUUGGGAACAAAGGUUCUGCUGGACUUGGGUGGAUCCGAAUCAGACCAAAUUACAGUCGAAACAACUAGAUCUGGCUGUUACUGUACCCAAUUCGAGAUCUAACCAGCUUAAAGUUCAGUGAGAAAAGCCUGGAAAUUUCUCCUUACAUAAACACAGAAGUGAGGUUCAUGUUGUAUUUCUAUUUGCCUUUGUACAUUUACAUUAAAAAAAAUGAUGCAAACCUCAAGGAAUCUUUUAGGAAAUCCUAAACACUAGUGAUUUGUUAAUGUUUCUCCAAACAGAUGCAGGAAAGGGUCGUGCUGUCACGCGAGCAUCCGUGUGACAGCCAAAAUGAGAACGCACCUCAUAACCGCUUGAUCAGCUUAUAGAGAUCAACAUGGAUCGAUCCGGAUUUGAUGUUAUUAUAAUAUUUUCCAGUAUCUUUUUUUCUUUAAAAGCCCAUCCAGUUUAUUGUUAGUUAGUCCUUAGUAAAAAAAUUGUAUCAUCUAGAACCUGAGUUAAAACUUACUAACAAAAUCAUCAAAUUUUAUGUUUCAGAUGAAUCCUCAUUUCUUCAUACAUUAUUUUUUUUUUUGGUAAUUUAACAAGCGGGUUACCUGAAGUGAAGAUGAUGAUGGGGUUGGCAUGUAUUGUAUCUGGAGUUGGCCUGUAUUGGAUGUAAGUUUUGAUAUAUGUUGAUGAUCAUCAACUUAGCUACCAUAUUAAUAACGAGUAUUGUCAGGAACUUCCUACUUUCUGUAUAGACAAAAAUAC